UGCGCUCGCGUUGGCUGGUUGCACUUCCUCGUACACACACACACUGUUAUAUCGGAACGCUAUGGAGGAAGCGGCCGGUGAUGAGUGAGAAAAGCGAAAGAAAGAAAGAAAGAGAGAACGAAAGAAAGAAAGGAAGAGAGACAGGAAGGGAAGGAGGACGAAAGGAAAGGCAGCGGGUGAGAUACACGCGCACUCGGUUGGGCGCCGAACUCCUCGGAGUCGGAGCAGAGAGAGGAAGAACGUGCACGAGCGCCAGAUUCCAGCAUGGGCUGUGUGGGGUCCAAGAAAGAGCAGGAUCCUGUGGGCAAAGGGGUGGGUGACGAUGACACCCUAAAAAAGACCCAGACGACGCAUUACGUGAGAGACCCCACAUCUGGGAAUAAGGCUGCCAGAAGCAACUCCACCAACUUCACAGCCACCACUGAUGAAAACAUUGUCAUUGCACUGUAUGACUAUGAGGCCAUGCAUGAAGGAGACCUUGGCUUCAGGAAAGGAGAAAAGUUGAAGGUCCUUCAAGAGACAGGGGAAUGGUGGAAGGCAAUGUCCAUCAGCACGGGACAGGAAGGCUUCAUCCCAAGUAACUACGUGGCUAAGGACAGCUUGCAGACGGAGGAGUGGUUCUUCAAAUGUGUGAGCAGGAAGGAUGCAGAACGGCAGCUCCUCGCACCUGGCAAUCGCAUUGGGUCCUUUAUGAUCCGGGACAGCGAGACCUCUAAAGGCAGCUACUCCCUGUCGGUGAGGGACAGUGAUCAUCAGUCUGGAGACACUGUCAAGCAUUACAAGAUUCGCACCCUGGACAGUGGCGGCUUCUACAUCUCUCCCAGGAUCACAUUCAGCACCUUACAGGAGCUGGUCAGCCACUACAAAAAGCAGUGUGAUGGGCUCUGCCAGACUCUGACCGUCCCCUGCAUCAGUCCCAAGCCCGAGAAGCCAUGGGAGAAGGAUGCCUGGGAGAUCCCCCGCGAGUCUCUGAAGUUGGAGAAGAAGCUGGGUGCAGGGCAGUUCGGGGAGGUCUGGAUGGCCACGUACAACAAGCACACCAAGGUGGCGGUGAAGACCAUGAAGCCAGGCAGCAUGUCAGUGGAGGCCUUCAUGGCUGAGGCCAACCUGAUGAAGACGCUUCAGCACGACAAGCUGGUCCGGCUGCACGCCGUGGUGACCAAGGAAGAGCCCAUCUAUAUCAUUACUGAGUUCAUGGAGAAAGGCAGCUUACUGGACUUCCUGAAGAGUGAUGAGGGCAACCGGGUCCCGCCCCCCAAACUCAUCGAUUUCUCCGCCCAGAUUGCGGAGGGCAUGGCCUACAUCGAGCAGAGGAACUACAUCCACCGAGACCUGCGAGCCGCCAACAUCCUGGUGAACAAGGCCUUGGUGUGCAAGAUCGCUGACUUCGGCCUGGCUCGCAUUAUCGAGGACAACGAGUACACAGCUAGAGAAGGCGCCAAGUUUCCUAUCAAGUGGACCGCUCCAGAGGCCAUUAACUACGGAUCUUUCACAAUCAAGUCUGACAUCUGGUCAUUUGGCAUCCUCCUCACAGAGAUCAUCAGCUACGGUCGAACACCCUAUCCAGGAAUGACGAACCCCGAAGUAAUCCGAUCCCUCGAGAGGGGCUACCGCAUGCAGCGCACAGAAAAAUGUCCCAAGGAGCUGUAUAACAUCAUGCUGGAGUGCUGGAAGGAAAAGCCGGAGGACCGGCCAACCUUUGAGUACCUCCAAAGUGUGUUGGAGGACUUCUACACUGCCACGGAGAGCCAGUACCAACAGCAGCCAUGAAUCACCCUCUACAUAUCCAUGUUUCCUCCCACAUAUGCACAAAAAAGAGAAAUGAUACACAAGUAUGUGUGUAUA